ACAUUCAUUCCAGGUUGGGGUGAGAAAGGUGUAGUGGGAGGCUGCAUUCGGAACCCGACCAUUCAGGCUCCCAGGUGUCGAUCCCCGCGCCCGAUGUUGAUUGGGUGGUGAAGUGCCAGCGGCGGGGAUGACGUCAGGGGCUGCCGGAGAAGACGCUAAACUAGUUUGGGGCCAUGGCAGAGAGAGCCCGGGAGCCGAGUUCAAGCAUUCAUCAUAGUACUACAGAGUACUGGACUAGUCACAAUCACCUCCAGGGGAAAAUGCCCCCUCCGAAACCGCGGGGAACUGGCGAUGGCUUUCCGAAACAUCCACUAGAAGACGCCUGGAAUGGACCUGCAUUGAGGCUGGGAGAUAGUAUCUAUUCCAAGAAAAGAAACAAAAAAAGAAAGAAGGCGAAUCUGCUUCAGAUUGAAGGUUUGAAUGAAUGGUGCUGGCCCACCGACAGCCUCACUUUCAUCACUGACCCGUUCGUUCAUUCAUUUACUUCCCUCCUACUAACCAACUACUACUGCCACUACUUCUACUACUACUUACCCUCCUGUUACUAUUUAGUCCACAGUACUACUACUACCACUACUACUACCACCAAGCUGGCUUUGGACCCUCCACACCCAAACUUUAAAAACCCCAUUGCGAUCUCCCAACUCUUACCACGGAUCCCGCCCGUCUCUUAUUGUUACGCGACUUGGUUCAUCAUAAGUAGACCAGCCAAUUCACUGCCCCGCAGAUCCAUCCGUUUCUUCUCUCAAACCAUCUUGUUAUUUGCUUCCCUAGUCUUUCGCAUCCAGAUUGACACCCUUACCGCUGCAUCUCCUUGACGGACCACACCCUCAUUAUAUCGCGCCAUCUUCCUCUAUCGUUUAUUGCAUUUCACAUUGGGCAGACGUCCCUACCGUUUGUGAAUAUUCCACUUCAACCGAGCUUUAUCAGUCCAAAAGAUGACUACUCCGACUCUGAUCAAUCUCCCUCCCCCGCCAUCGGACCCAGUGACUCCAUCGGACAUGGGGCCGUAAGUUCCCCAGCUUCUUCAAGCUUUCAUUCUGAUUGUGUCAUGCGGCUUUUCGUCUUUUUCUUCAUUUCUUUAGUACCA